AUGGAUCAGAUGGAAGAGAAUGAGAGUCCAGAUUCAAGAGUGCAUGAAGAUGAUUAUACUCAGAAAUUUGUCUUCGCAGUGGUAGCAACUGUAGCAAUGACAUGCUUGAAAAGCAUUUUGGUGAUGCUUUUCGUCAAGCAAUGGCGUGCCCUCUUAAUCCUCAAUAUUGUUCUCUUAGCCAUUUUCUUCACUUCCAUUCGUUCAAGCUCAAGUGAAAACCAAGAAACUAGAGGUAAUGCAGAGGUGAAUAUUCAAGAACAGAAGAGAAGAAAACACUGUGGCUGGUCUGCCAAAGCUAAAGCACACAAAGAAUGUAAUCAGGAGAUGAGUAAGAGGAAAAGGGAUGCAGAAGAGGUAAAGCAAACAAAUAGAGUUGAUAGUGAACAUCAGAAAUUGUCAAAGGAAGAGUUAAAUGAGAGAGUGGAAGCUUUCAUUGCAAUGUUUAGACAGCAUUUGGUUUCUGAUGCAAGAAAUUGUAGAAACCAGUUCCUCUCUAGGCCUGCCUAA